CCAAGAUCCAAAGCAUAUCCAUUCUUCGUUCCUCGAUUCGCCCAGAAAAGUCAAAUCCACCGUCGCAAUGGCUUCUUUCAUUCGUUGGUACAACGCCCGGCUGGCUGCUCGCCCUCUGCUCACCCAGAGCGUCACCACGGCGGUGCUCUUUGCUACUGGUGAUAUCACGGCUCAGCAGCUCGUUGAGAAGAAGGGCGUGGAGAAGCAUGACUUGGUUCGAACAGGUCGCAUGGCCCUGUACGGUGGCUUCGUCUUUGGCCCCGUUGCGACAACCUGGUUUGGUUUCCUCGCUCGCAACGUCAACGCGCGCAACAGAAAGGUUGAAACUCUCGCCCGGGUGGCUUGCGAUCAACUCGCCUUUGCACCCGUCAUGAUCGGCGUCUUCCUUGGCAGCAUGGCCACCAUGGAAGGAAACGACCCCAAGAAGCGAAUCGAGACCACCUGGUGGCCUGCGCUCAAGGCUAACUGGAUGCUCUGGCCUUUCGUCCAGGUCAUCAACUUCUCCUUCAUCCCCCUCCAGCACCGAGUCUUCUUUGCCAACAUCGUGUCGAUCGGUUGGAACUCCUACCUGAGCUGGAUCAACAACCGGUAAUCGCCAUAUCGGAUUAUUCGAAAGCAUCUUUGCUGUUUACUUUGAAACAUAGACAUAGAAGUGUUAUGUUCGCGUCAGGUUCUCACAAGAUCGCAUCUGUUUCGGUUGAUUUCGGGAUAAAAGGCCACCAGGAAAGGAUAGGAAGGGAAAGGAAAGAAAGGAAGAGCGAGCAUCGCAUCUUGAAGACUCAGACCAUGUUUCUGAUAGACCAAAUUCAUCAUUUUACAGUAAGC